CCCUGCUGCCUCCUCGGCAGCCUUUCUUCCUCCUGCAGAGCGUCCAGCCCCCGCCUGCUCCUCCCCGGGUCCAGGGCGCCUCCGGCAGGCGCUCCCCUCCCUCCUGCGUCGGCCGUCCCCUCCUCCCUGCUCCUGCUCCCGUCUGCUUCCACCCUGUCCCCACCCUGACUCUGCAAACAUGAGGGUCCUGGCCUGCCUCCUCGUGACUCUGAUGGGGACCCAGGCUGUUGAGCGGCUGCGUCUGGCUGAUGGGCCCCACGGGUGCGCCGGCCGCCUGGAGGUGUGGCAUGGCGGGCGCUGGGGCACCGUGUGUGAUGAUGGCUGGGACCUGCGGGAUGCCGCCGUGGCCUGCCGGGAGCUGGGCUGCGGGGGCGCGCUGGCAGCCCCUGGGGGCGCCUUCUUUGGGGAGGGCGCAGGGCCCGUGUGGCUGAGUGAACUGGCCUGCCGGGGCGGGGAGCGGCAGCUGGGCCUCUGCCCCCACCGGGGCUGGAAGGCCCACAUCUGCUCACACGAGGAGGACGCGGGGGUCGUCUGUGCAGGCCAGCGUGGGACGGACUCCAGGGACCGUGACGAGCCACCUUCAGUCCUGGACGGGGACCCCUGGCCGGGGCUGGCAGGGGAGCUGAGCCCCAGCUCUGAGGAGCCCCCGGUGACGCCUGCCCCCCGCCCAGCUGGGACCCCCCAGAGCGGCUCCCGGAAGAAGAGCCCCCGGCCACCCAAGCUGGCCAAGUCCACCAGGGCCCCAGUGCUGACUGCUGGAGCCCCCCGCCAGGAGCGGCUGCGCCUGGUCUCCGGCCCCCAUGGGUGCGCCGGCCGCCUGGAGGUGUGGCACGGCGGGCGCUGGGGCACCGUGUGCGAUGACGGUUGGGACCUGCGCGACGCCGCCGUGGCCUGCCGGGAGCUGGGCUGCGGGGGCGCGCUGGCCGCCCCCGGGGGGGCCCGGUUCGGCCCGGGCGCGGGGCCCGUGUGGAUGGACGACGUGGGGUGCGGAGGCGGAGAGCAGACCCUAAGAGACUGUCCCCGAAGCCCGUGGGGCCGGAGCAACUGCGACCACAGCGAGGACGCAGGACUAGUCUGCACCGGCCCGGCCCCCCGGCUGCGUCUGGCCGACGGGCCCCACGGGUGCGCCGGCCGCCUGGAGGUGUGGCACGGCGGGCGCUGGGGCACCGUGUGUGACGACGGCUGGGACCUGCGGGACGCCGCCGUGGCCUGCCGGGAGCUGGGCUGCGGGGGCGCGCUGGCCGCCCCUGGGGGCGCCUUCUUCGGGGAGGGCGCGGGGCCCAUCCUGCUGGAUGACCUGCGCUGUCGGGGGAACGAGACGGCUUUGCGGUUCUGUCCAGCGCGGCCCUGGGGCCAGCAUGACUGUCACCACCGGGAGGACGCCGGGGCCGUGUGUGACGGUAUGCCUCUCGGGUACGCCCCUCCCACGGCCCCAGCAGCGGGCAGCAACAGCUCGGGGCCCAGGGGGGCCGCAUCGAGGCCCCCGCCCCCCACGGCGAGCCAGGCCCAGGGGACGCCUGGCGUCUCAGCUCUGCCCGCCCUCCCGACCGCCCUUCAGGAGCCUGGGCCGGACGCCGGGUCCCCCCAGCUGCGCCUGGUGGCGGGGCCCAGCAGGUGCUCGGGCCGGCUGGAGGUGUGGCAUGCCGGACGCUGGGGGACCGUGUGUGACGAUGGCUGGGACCUGCGCGACGCGGCCGUGGUCUGCCGGGAGCUGGGCUGUGGGGGGCCACGGCAACCGGACCCCACCGCUGGCCGCUUCGGCUGGGGUGCUGGCCCCAUCUGGCUGGAUGACGUGAGGUGUGCAGGGACCGAGGCUGCCCUCGCAGACUGCCCCGCCGCUCCCUGGGGGAAACACAACUGUGCCCACAAUGAGGACGUUGGAGUCACCUGCGCGGGAACCCCCGGCCUGGACUCCAUCUCAGACCCCUUCAGUUGGAGCUGGAUCCCCAGCCUGGGCAGAGACCCAGAUGCCUGGCUCCCAGGGGAGCUGGCCACCAAGCCCUCUGCAAGGCGGACCUCCAGCGUCCCCGAGAAAACCACCACCAAGGCCCCGGGGAAGAUGCCCAAGAGCACCAAGAAGUGGGUGACUAAGAACGCAAAGAGACCGACCACUCAGCCCCUAGCGAUGCCAACCACUAAGCACUCCAGGGUCCCGGGCACCCAGAGUCCCCCAGAACUGACUUCACGGACCACCACCACCAGCACCCCGGCCAUGGGGGCCUCCCGAAGACCCACUUCCGAGUUUACCACCAGGCUGACCACGGAGGCCCCCCACAGGCUGACCUCGCACACCACCGUGACUCGGACUUCUCGAGCCCCCCGGGAACGGACCUCUAAGACUGUGGGGACACCCACCACCCAGGGCCCCCUAUUAGUGACCUCCGAGGCCACAGUGGAGCCAUCCGCUGAGCUCCCAGGACAAGGUUCUCCAGAGUCAUCCACAGACCCGGCCCCCUCCCCCACCAGCGCAGCAGCAGGCCCGUUCCGGGUUCGUCUGGCGGAUGGGCCCAACCGGUGUGCCGGGCGGCUGGAGGUGUGGCAUGCCGGACGCUGGGGGACGGUCUGUGAUGACGGCUGGGACCUGCGGGACGGCAUGGUGGCCUGCUGGGAGCUGGGUUGCGGGAGGAUCCGGCCUCGAGUGGGCAAAACCCACUACGGCCCCGGCACCGGGCCCAUCUGGCUGGACGACGUGGGCUGCAAGGGCAGCGAAUCCUCGCUGAGCGACUGCCCCGCCCGGGCGUGGGGACAGCACAACUGCGACCACGAGGAGGAUGUGGGGCUCACCUGCACUGGCUACGCAGACGAGGAGGACUAUCCCCCCUGGACCUGGGACCCCACCUCGGGGGAGGACCUGGCCAAGGGGACCACUGCUGCAGGGGUGCCCGGACACACCCUCUCCCGGGAAACAACGGGGAGCUCAGGGGCCCCCGCCCCAGCAACGAGGCGCCUUCCGAGCACAGGUGACAAGGAUUGUCGUGAGCCUUCCCAGACGGGGGACACACCUUCAGGAGGAGUCCCGGCCAAGGAGACCCCCACUGCAGCCACACCUGGCCCCCCUGGCACCACCAGGAGCUCAGGCCACCCCUCUCUAGCUCCCAGGCUCCGUGGGGACACAGGCUCCCCGAGGAGACCGUGGCCAGAGCGCCGGCUGCGGCCCACGACGGCCAGGACCGCGCCCGCCGCCCCUUCACCAGCCUCCUCCGAUGCGCCGGGGUCCGCCGGCCCUCCGCUAACGUCCGCCUCCGCACCGCUGCUCACCCGCACGGCGGCCUCAACGCCGGAGGCUACCCCUGACGCGCCCUCCGCGGUGCCGCCCAGCCCGGCCGCGGCCUCUCGGGGGAGCAUCCACCGCACCUCGACGAGCCCCAGCCUUACCGGGCCCUCCCCUGACGCCGCCGCCGCUCCCGCGCCGACCUCUGGGCUUUCGCCCACCCCACCGCCCACCGCGCCCAAGGAGCUCACCUCAGACCCCUCUGCACCGGCGGCGGCGACCCGCCUCUCCCCUACCUCAGGGCUGACCCCGGAGCUGGACAGAGCUCCAGGCCGGGGCAUGUCUCCCCAGCCCAGCGCAGUUCCAGAACCUUCCAGUUCCCCAGACCGCUCCACAGGGCCUCACCCCACCACGGCCCCGUACUCCACCGUGACCUCUCACCCCACCACGGCCCCAUACUCCACCAUGACCUCUCACCCCGCAGCGACCUCUCACCCCACCACAGCCCCGUACUCCUCCAUGAUCUCUCACCCCGCAGUGACCUCUCACCCCACCACGGCUCCGUACUUCACCAUGACCUCUCACCCCGCAGCGACCUCUCACCCCACUACUACCCUUUACCCCACAACGACCCCUCGCGCCACCACGAGCCCUCACCCCACCACGAUCCCUUAUCCCACCACGACCCCUCACCCUACAGUGACCUCUCACCCCACUACUGCCCUUUACCCCACCACAACCCCUCACGCCACCACGACCCCUUAUCCCACCACCACUCCCCAGUCUAUCUCAACCCCUCACGCCACCACGACCCCUUAUCCCACCACCACUCCCCAGUCUACCUCAACCCCUCACGGCACCAUGACCCCUUAUCCCACCACCACUCCCCAGUCUACCUCAACCCCUCACGGCACCAUGACCCCUUAUCCCACCACCACUCCCCAGUCUACCUCAACCCCUCACGCCACCAUGACCCCUUAUCCCACCACCACUCCCCAGUCUACCUCAACCCCUCACCCAGUCACAACCCCCGCUCCCAUCACUACUGCUCAGUCCACCACAACCCCUCACCCCGACACAACCUUUCACCCCAUCAUGACCCCUCACCCCGCCACCACCCCUCAUGCCGCCACAACCCCUCACCCCACCACGACCGCUCACCCCAUCACCACCCCUUACCCUGCCACAAGCCCUCACCUCACUACCACUGCUUACCGCGCCAUGACACCUGACCUCACCUCAGCCCCUGUGGUUACUGCCAAGUCCGUUCUAACUUCCUUGGAAACAGAACCUCUGUCUCCCUCUCCAGUGAAGCCCAGCCUGCACCCCCAGUUGAACUUCACGGGGCCCCAUCACCCCUCCACAUCUCCAGCCUCGGAGUCUAGCCUGUCUCCCGCCCCAAGCAUGGAUAUACUGUCCACUGAGAACUUCAAACCAGCCACAAGCCAGAGCCCCCAAGUAACCUCUCCACCUACCCAGACUCCACACUCAGCCCCUGACCCCACUGUGACCCCUGUGGGGUCAUCUGGGGACCAUCUGACUCCUAUGGCCCACCCCUUGGAUCAGCCGCCCCCUGACCACCUCUCCCUUGGGCCAGCUCCCAGUCCGAGCUCAGGCCCUCUGGGCCCGUGUGAGGUCCCAGUGCCACCUGUGAGGGUCAUGGCUUGCGAGCCGCCUGCCCUGGUAGAGCUGGUGGCCGCUGUGAGGGACGUGGGCAGCCAGCUGCAGAGGCUGAACCAGGCCCUGGAGCGAGAUCAACAGGAGCGCCGAGCCCUGGGACUGGGCUUGACCCAGCUGGUGGAGGCCGCCCAGGGUCUGGGGCAGCUGGGUGAGUUUGUGAAGAGACUGGCAGAGGUGGCCUGGCCCCCCACCACACCUGUCCCAACCACUACCACCCCUGAGUGGGAAGAGAGGCCUCUGCGGGGAGAUGUGUGACCAUAUGGGAGGGACUUAAGCCACUCCCAGACAACAACAACAACAAAGGAAAACCAAAGUAUCUACUUAAA